CAGACGAAUAACAAAAAUGGAGUUGUGAACUAGUAACAUUUAGCUUCUCCAGGACGUUCAGUUUUAGUUUUUCUAAUUACCUUUACACGAGUGGAAGUUCCCGACUGAUGUGGAGUGGCGUGAUGCGAUAAUAUCAUAGUCAUACAUUGUUUAUCUUUUAUAACAGUCGUAAGAAGCUGUCGAACGGAUCAACAAACCGUUAUCUUGGCUACGACAAAGACGACAAGGCUUAGUGGCUAGCUAACGUUAGCUAAAACAGUAGCGCCUCCUCACUUUCACUCUCACUGGGCUUGACUUGAACGGAAAUGGAGAAGGGAGAUUUCCUGAAGGGACUGCCUGUCUACAACAAGAAUAACUUCAGCAGGUUCCAUGCAGACUCUGUAUGUAAAGCAUCAAACCGUCGACCAUCUGUGUAUCUGCCAACCCGGGAAUAUCCAUCAGAGCAGAUCAUCGUCACAGAGAAGACAAACAUCCUACUGCGAUAUCUUCAUCAGCAGUGGGACAAGAAGAAUGCAGCCAAAAAGCGAGAGCAGGACCAAACAGAGGGGGAGAACACAGCACCUCCACGGAAAAUCGCAAGAACAGACAGUCGGGAGCUGAAUGAGGAUUCGUAAAUAGCUGUGCUGUUGAUGCGCACCCAGCAGAGACUGAUCCGUACAAACAAAAUGCACACACAGAUGCAGGAAAUGUUUUAAAACCCAGGCCUUUACACUGAAGCACACAAGGAUCAAUACCUUUCACACCACAACUGGCAUAACAUUAAUCCCGUUUGGUUUUAAUGUGUGCAUUUGACUUCAGAGUUCCUCCUUAACCAAAAACUUUAUUUGCUACUUUCUCCCAGUUUUUUUUCUUUACUUCCAAGACACCUCUGCCUCAGAUUCUAGUCUUUAUAUUCUGAAAAUAAUAUACAUCUACCUCCUUAUUCCUCAACCUCCUGGUUUUCCUCCCAAGUAUGCUCAUACAGCUUUCUUCUAAAUAUGCAGGGAGAAAAGUCCUCUGCUGCUAUUUAGAGAUUUACAGCUGUAGUUAUUCUUACCAUCUCUGAAAUAUGCAGGGUUUGAGUUAAGUCUAUAUGUGAUAUCCAUUAGUUUUGAAUUAUAUAAUAACAAUGACCCUACCAUUUUUAUUUUAACUAAUUCUUUAUGUGAUUACUGCCAUAACAGUAAUUGCAAAUAAAACUGCAUUAUGUUGGUUGCUUAGAUUUCUUUAUCCAUUCAGGGUUUGUUAUGAAGACACGAAUGCUGAAAGAAAUGUGCGUGUUUUCUUCUGAUGAAUGAUUUAUUGCCUUAAAUGGAAGUGCAUGUGUUUUCA